AGGACUGCUGAAGGUCUGCAUUUCAAAAGGCCGCGCUUCAUAUCCGCACGCCCCCCCAUCCCCUUUUUUUUUAGGCCAGACAAUCAGCCAUGUCAUCAGCUGGAAAUAAACUAGGAAUUGCAGCACACGUUUAAGGAACAUUCUUAACAGCCUUUUAGAAAUGUUAGCCGUACGCUGUGCGGUAUGUUGUUUUCAUUGGUUUAUUUCGUGUGUCAUAAAAUUCUUUUCGUUUUUGGACUGAGCAGUCUUCACGUGUUCUGUGGAUUAAUUUGUCACAGCAAAGCGAAAACAUUGUUUGCGCCGCCUCAGGGCAAAACAUAUUUUUUUAGAGUUAUAAAGUCACCCCCGAGACGACAGGUAAACAAAUAUACUGCACGUGCCGUUUCAGAUGUGUUUCAGUUAGGAAAUGAACACAGUUUGCUAAUAAGACGCUCGAAUUUGUGUUCCCUUCGGUUUCGUUUUUAUUUUUAUUUAUUUUGAAGGUAUUUUAUAUACAGUUUCACCGUAUUCAAUUGUAAUUAUUGUGCAGUUGAAAAUGUGUAUAUUAAGGGCUCUAUAGGCGAGCCAAACAGAUGUGAAAAAUUCGUUGGUUUUUUUUAUGAAUAUAUUUUAACAUCGACUGGUGAAAGUAUAUGAAUACAUAUUUAUGUGUGUGUGUUUUAUAUGCUGGUUGUUGGUGUCAGUGUGUGAGUGAUGGCUGCCUAUGAAUGAAAGUUUUGACGACCCUUUGCUGGGGGGGGUCUGUGACGUCAUGCCCAAUUAGUCGCGGUCACGACUCGCGCCGGGCCCCUCCCACCUCCGCUGCGCUUAUAACCGGCCCGGUCCCAGCAGAGGGGAGCCACUCUGAGGGAGGGAGACAUGUACUGGGACUCCGCCAUCAAGCUUGCAGACAGCAAAGACGCCAAAGUGAAGAUGGAGGUCUGCCAGAGUGGUUACUACGCGGAGGAGUUUAGGACCCAGGAGGUGCCAGCAGGCUUUGACUUUGCGUCUUAUGACUACCCUGGUGAAGAUCUGUCUUUUCUGUUAGACAGCAAGCCGCCCGGGCAGCCGCAGUAUCCGGCCGAGAGCUGCUACACGGAGCCGCCCAAAGUUGGUUCCACAAGCGACACCGGCCUCUUCAACCUGGACUCGUACCAGGACUUCAGCUGGUGGGCUUCCUAUCCGCAAGCAGACGGGCUGAUGGUGGAGCAGCCUCCAGCAGGGUUCCAGGAAUCGGGAGCCCCCCAGACGUACCCGAGCCUGGCACCACAGAGCGGACAGUUCAGCCCGGCCGUCGAGGGCAGCCACAGCCCCUUCGUGUCGGGGACACCAUCAAACGCCUCACAAAGCGAGUCCGAGUCCAGUUACUCUUGUCACUCGGUCGACCUCUACGACUCGGACGGGCAGAGAAGAUCCUUCUGGUCCGAGUACUCUUCAGCCGGCUUUGGCGCUCCCCCGUCACGCCCCACUGCACCUGUCACGUGCCCCGCCCCCACCUCCGCUCAGCCGGCAGAGCACUACUACCCCCGUGUGGCCAAACGCAAAAACCUACAGCGGCCCGAGAGGGAGAGCCACAUGGCGGCAAUGUCCGCUUAUCCAGGUUCAGGUCCGAUCCAGCUGUGGCAGUUCCUGCUGGAGCUUCUCCUGGACUCCGCCUGUCGCACCUUCAUCUCCUGGACGGGGGACGGCUGGGAGUUCAAGAUGUCCGACCCUACUGAGGUGGCCAAGCGCUGGGGCCAGUGCAAGAACAAGCCCAAGAUGAACUACGAGAAGCUGAGCCGUGGCCUUCGCUACUACUACCACAAGAACAUCAUCCACAAGACGGCGGGCAAGCGCUACGUCUACCGCUUCGUCUGCGACAUGCAGGGCAUGCUGGGGAAGACGGCGCAGGAGGUUCUAGCCGGUCUGAACAUUUUGCCCACCGGCACGGCGGCGUGGCAGCGCCACACGGACUCGGCAGCUGGGGCGGCGGCCUCGGAGCAUAGCAGCGAGCGAUGGGAGUAGGUGGGGCGGUACGAUGGACCGCCAUGUUUCAAUGUAAACCCCGCCUCUUCCAACCCUGGCUCAGUAAGUCAUGAUACGUCAGCGCUGUAGACUUUUUCAACAGGUGCUGCAUUGUUUUUUCAAGAAUUCGCCGCUUAGCAGAUUUGUGGCGGAGGGACCCAGAAACUGCGUUGGUUGAGGCACACGGGGGCAUUUAAGCACUACAAACAGAAACACACGGCAACGUCUUAAUGGGAGAUUGUUUUUAUUACCAAUACCAUGAGAUUAAGGUCAUUAUCAGUUUAAAAUUGAAAUUGUACUCAAAUAAAAUCAGAAUAUUAUGAGGAAAGUACAUUUGCAGGAAUAAAGUUAUACAGUCAUCCCUCGUUUAUUAUACGAUAUAUGAAUCAAUGUUAUUGAAUGCAAUAUUUUCCUAGUUAGAACAUAGAAAACCUGUUUAAAACUUUCUAAAUGCAGGUUUUAACAUAACAUAGCCCUGUAGAUGUACCACGUACCACUUCCACAUGGAAUGAGUGGAGAACCUUUUUUUUUAAAACUCCAUCUUAGCCAAUGCAUGUCGGCUCGGCCUUGCUGGCUCAGUAGACAGUCUCCAUGCAGUGUGAAAGAUAAUGUAAUCUAACGCUUAGUGACCACAAUACUACAUAUAACCUGGCUUUCAAUGUUUUUUGACUAAUAAUUGGCCCUCGUCAACCACGAAACAAGUGCUAUUCGAACCACAAUAUUAUGUAUUAUUAUAUUUAAUUAUACUUUGCUGUGGAGAACUUUGACAUUCACUCAUUAAAAUUCCAACUUUAUUUUGGUCUUAUUCUGAUUAGUUGACUUUAAUCUCAUAACAUUAGGACUAUUCUAUAUUUUGUUCUUUCCAGUGUGGCCUUGAUACUCCUCCCUUACCAUUUCAGGGUGUUUCUUGCAACAAAUGUAUUUGUAAAUAAUGUCAAUAUGGUAGAGUUUUGUGCAUUUAUUGUAGAUUUUUUUUUAUAUAUACAGAACUCAAAUCUACCUCUGUGUGCUAAUUAGAACGAAUAAACUCAACUGAUUCCCACUUGGGCUGUGAUGGUUGCAGACUGUGUGAUAAUCUUGUGUAAAUAAA